AUGGCAUUUCCAGUCGAUCUGAUAUUCGCAUUCACUGUUGGUAUUCCUUGUCACAUCCUACUUUUCUGGGCCAUCGCUAAAGAAAGGCUAUUCUUCAGUCCAUUUUUGGUGUUCUAUUUGACGAACUUCGCUUUGAAUGUGAUUUUCACGGUGAUCACGGUGAUCGCUGCUUCGUUGGAUCUUCAUCGGCAACUCUUCGGCAACAUCAAAUACGACCUCGGUUGGACGGCUUUUCAGGUAUUUUUCACCGCAUCGCAAGGCCUCGCCAUCUAUGUUGUGAUGCGAUGUCGCAAAUACGUCGCUGCUAAGAUUUACUGGAGGCAACGAAAUACGGAGCGCACACCAACGUCGAUGAUCGCCGAUGGGGUUACGAUUGAAUGA